AUGUUGCUAAAAAGAUUUGCGUACCCGUGCUGGUUGAGCGAUAUCAUCCACCGAAUCGGACGAGUAGUGCCUGAGUUACAACCCAUUUUCAGGAGGGGGUUUAAAAUAACCAUCACAGCAAGAUUACGGAGUGGAAUAAUCAGCUUCUUAGCCGAGACAACUUUGAGAUUUAGUCUAAUGCUAUAGCCGGCAAAAGGGGGGGGCGCUGUCUCACUGCUUCGGUUUCCUGGAUGGUACCAUGCGGCCUAUUAAUUUGUAGACCUGGCGAAAACCAAACGAUUGUAUAUAAUGGCCACAAGCGUGUACACGCAGUGAAAUUUAAGUCAGUUACACUACCAAAUGGACUUGGACUGGUUGCUCAUUUAUAUGGACCUGUUGGUAAGUUUUAUUAG